AUGGUCGUAUCUAUGUUUACAUGUCAGGGAAACAUUGUCGACUUGUGGAAGCUGAGUAUUAUGGAUCCUAGCUUGAAAAAGACAGAUGAUGCACACCAAGCAAAAGUUAAAGAGAAUUUUCAGCAUACCAUGAACGAAGAAGCAAGAUCCAGAGUAUCACCUAUUGAAAGAAUAACGAUACCUCGUCUGGAAUUGUUGGCUGCUACUAUAAGAGUAAGACUACGCUCAAUAAAAGAAGCUGGAGAUUUCGAAGAAGAAGUUUUCUUUUGGUCUGAUUCGAGUACAGUUGUGGCGUGGAUACGGAAAGACAAGCUAUGGAACACAUUCGUUGAGAAUCGAGUAAGAGAGAUAUGUUCAUUAUCUGAUCCUAACAAAUGGCGUCAUGUACCGGGAUCCAUGAACCUGGCUGAUCUAUCUUCAAGAGGAUAUCCUAAGCAUCCUUUAACUAAAAUGUUAAUCCAGUACAGACAUCAACAACUUCAUCACGCGGGAAUCCAGGUUGUAAUGAAUGAUUUGCUAGAAACAUUUGAAUUCUCACCUACAGAACAGCAGUACGAUAAAUGA